CAGCGCAGUCGCGCCCCUGGCACUUGCCGGGAGAUUCUCAGCCCUUUCUCUGCAGCUGCCACUUGAAGACUCCACGCUUUUCCUCCGGAGGAAAAAGGAGCCAUCUAUCUAAAUCAGCUGCACUCUCCACGUCCCUCCCCCACCCGAUCCAUUGUGUUGUGUGCGUUUAGCUCCGCUUCCUGCGUGAGACCCUAACCUCGUUUUAGCAGCAGGCGUUGCUGAGAAUCUCGGAACCUCGAGUGGCAAUGGAGCUGUACGGAAAGAUGGCCUCUUCCCAAGAUGCCAGGUAUGGCCAGAAAGACUCCUCUGAUCAGAACUUUGACUACAUGUUCAAACUGCUCAUCAUUGGCAAUAGCAGUGUGGGGAAAACAUCUUUCCUGUUCCGCUAUGCGGAUGACUCUUUUACAUCUGCAUUCGUCAGCACAGUUGGGAUCGAUUUCAAAGUAAAAACUGUAUUCAAAAAUGAAAAGAGAAUCAAGCUUCAGAUUUGGGACACAGCAGGCCAGGAAAGAUACAGGACUAUCACCACAGCCUAUUAUCGUGGGGCCAUGGGCUUUAUUUUAAUGUAUGACAUCACAAAUGAAGAAUCCUUCAAUGCAGUACAGGAUUGGUCAACUCAGAUCAAAACGUACUCUUGGGAUAAUGCCCAGGUUAUCCUGGUUGGGAACAAAUGUGACAUGGAAGAUGAGCGGGUGAUCUCAACAGAGAGAGGCCAACAUUUAGGAGAACAGCUUGGGUUUGAAUUUUUUGAAACCAGUGCCAAGGAUAACAUUAAUGUCAAGCAGACGUUUGAGCGCCUCGUGGAUAUCAUCUGUGACAAAAUGUCAGAGAGUUUGGAGACGGAUCCGGCCAUCACUGCCGCCAAGCAGAACACAAGACUCAAGGAAAGCCCUCCUCCAGCACAGCCCAACUGUGGCUGUUAAUGUCACCACACACACACACACAGGCAGCUUGAGGGGCACAUCACCAACCAACAGCAUUUCCAAAUGGUUGAUUAACCUUCAUCUCUACUGCCUAGUAAUGAUUCGAGGGAAAUCUUUGAUGUCAAUGGCUCAUACAUGCAUUCAAUUCAUGGGAGAUUUCCUGUGUUAAUAUGUGGCAACUAUGUGAUCUCAAAUUUAUAAGGACUAUCCAUCUAUAAACAUCUGGUAUUUGCAUGUCCUUUGUUACUUGUCUUUGUAGGCUCUUUAUGUUUCAGAUUUCUUCUCAAGAUUAGGCUACUGCUGGGACCUCAGACUGUAAUUUCACUCCAACUGACUUUUGUGCCACGGGUUCAUAUUUGCCAUUUGCUUGUAAGGAUGAUAACCAAGGAAUUGCUUGUGUGUGUGGGCAAGAGGAGAUCUCAGGAGACCGUCAUGGGUACUGUUCAGGAAAUGUGUCUGGUUUUCAGUGUUGUUCAUAACAGAGAUGACCAUUGACGAUAAAGGAAUUGAAAUAUUGUGUUUGAAACCCUUGCAAAUUGUCUGAUUAAAUCUAGUUUGAGUCUGGUGAAUCUUAAAUGAUCAUGUUACCCGACCGGAACUAGAUUUAAUCAAUCUUCCUAAUUUAGUUAUGGAAGUAAACAGUGGCCCUAAGGCAGGGCUCGUGGUGCCACUACUUCUGCCCAACGUUCUAAAUAGUUGAGGGCAUGGCCCGGACAAACUGACGGGCAUCAGCUGAAGGUAUUAGGUGAAGAGUCAUUUACCCAGAAGAGUAGGAUUCACUGCAGACUUCUCAAAGGACUGAGUUCCCCCUGUACCUUCAUAACUGCUGCCCGUUAGACACACACCAUCCCCACCACGUUCUGGAACUAUCGCUAAGGCACGGAACAGAGGUCAAGUUGAAGCUUGUUAGAGCCCCUCCUACCAUGAGAUAGAGCCUUGUUUCCCCAACCAGUGCCUACUCUUCAAACCUCACCCUGCUUCUUUUACCCAACAGAUUAAUUUAAACCAUAUCCCAAUGGCACAAAGGUCAAGGAAAAGACUAUUAGAAGUAAUUUGUUCAACUUACUGGUUGAGGACACCAGAAGUGAUUUGUUGAAGGGGGGGACCAUUUUUUUCUCCCAAAUUUCCUUAAUACCGUCUAAGCACAACAAGCCAACACCUCUCACCAGCUGUUCUGACUGAACUGCAGAAGCAAGCUGGCAUCCUGCCCCAUGCACACUGCUGGACGGUGCUAAGAAUUUAGACAGCAGACAGAGUGUGGCAGAUGGGGGACAGAGUCAUUAGGGUGACUUGAUUCCUAAGUGAGAAGAUAACACUUAACAGAAGAGUGCUGAUGGGAUGUUUUAAACAUACCCAAGUCAUUUCUCACCUUGAGCUUCAGAUUUGUGCAUCGGAAUACAUUUCCACUUCGGCACCCUGCCAGGCAAGCCUCAGCCUACCAAACCCAGAAUGUUAGACUAGAGUUUAAUAGGCCAACAAACGUCAGAAAUCACAGGACUAACAGUGAGGGGAAAGGGCAGCCGGGUGGCAAGUUUGCAACAGAAGCCUCUUUUGCAUGACUAUACGGUGUUUCUAUAACUGCACAAGCAUGUUGCCAUGUUGAGCACUAGAACUCUCUCACUCACUUGGGCAAUGUAGGCUGAAGCAAUCAGGCCAGAAAACUUUCCUGUCCUCUGAGUCUCAUCUCUCUCUCUCUCUCUCUCUCUCUCUCUCUCUCACACACACACACACACACACACACACACACACACACACUGUCAAGGACCUAAUUAUGGUGGGCAGAAAGCUCUUACGAGCACCUUCUGCUCUGUAUUAUCACAUAGGGGAAAGCAAAAGCGGGGUGAGGAAAGUGGAAGGUUAAAGAGCUGAGUUUUAACUGCAUAAACCCCUUCCCUGAAACACUCAUUGCUGAUUCAAUUAAUUGGUCCCAAGACCAACAGACCGAGGCAGGAGCCUCCCUGACCGUGUCAGACCUGCCUACCUUCAACUACCUUAGUGCCAGGCAGGGAAGCGUGAUGCCCAAGGGGCAUGAGCAAGGAACUUCGGAUACUUGCUCUUUCGCAAACCUCGGUGGCGGUGGGGCCCUCCUAGUUCAUUCUGUGUUCUGAAGCGCCGCCCCUGGGGUGAAUUUCCUUGAGAAGUUUCCAGAGUGGAUUACCACAGACCUCAAGUACAUGCACACCUAUCUUCCUGCUCGAAAGCUUAUUCCCUAUUCCCUCUAGUCCUAAAUUCAUGAAGACAUUUUAAUUUUAAAAUUACAUUUUGGUUAUAAGAGGUAAUCCUGCAGGGUUACCUGAGCUUCUGUGGUCAUCAAACUAUAUUAAAAAUCGCAGCCAUGUAACUGGAAGGUUUUUCAGCCUUUUUGCCACCAACACACUUAACCUCCUAGGUCCUCUCCAUCUCCCACAACAGCCUAAAUAACCUCUAGUCAUUUUUCCCAGUGGCCUACCUAAAUUUGUAUCUUGAAGAUCGAGAGACCUUAAAAAGUACACACUUGUCUAAGUGUGUUCGCUUUUAACAUUCAUCUUCUAUUUGAUGCAAUUCAGUUUUUCAAGAAGGCAUUGCUCUGCUGCCCAUCUUCUCACCACCCUCACCCCUGCAAGGACUUUUAGAAACAAACCCUGACUGCUGAGCACGGACUCCCAAGAGCUUUGGUGGCGGUGCAUUCCUAUCCGUUCUUAAUGCCCUUGACAACCCGGGCUCGUAAAUUCUUCCCCUACAUAGCUAUCCUCAGAGCCCAUGGGCAGUUAGUUUGGGGAGAUGUGAAUGGGUGUACAAGGUGCAUGACCUUUCUGCAGAUCCUAAGAUGACAGUGUAAAUGCUGCAUCCCAGGUUUGGGGGCCUGAGAACAGUUGCCCUGGACGGUGGAUCAGUUCUCCCCUCCUGCCUGCCCCUCCCCAGAACAGCUUCUACUGCCUUGGUGAACUUGUCAGCGGGUUCUUGGAGUUACUGCCACUGAGAUCCACCUCGAGUCAGGAUCCCUUCGCUGCCUGGCAAAAAAAUGCUGAGAUUUUUGUUUGUAAUGUGAGCAAUGAGGAUGCCUCCAGUGGCAGCAGAGGCCUGCAGCAUCGUUAGGAUAACGGUGAGGCAUAGAUUCUAAAAAUUAUAACCAAACUUCUACAAGACACUGAUCUACUCAAACACAUAGUAUAUACAUUGCAUCUGCUUCACUCUCAUCCAUAUUAUAGUCCUCUUUUUGAGCACCCUGGUCAUUUUGGGGGGACCAAUUUAAACCUCCAAUUCUAACUAAGUCAACGCUGAAAAUAGACUUUCACGGUUUUUUGUUUUUUUGUUUUUUAAGUAAGAUAUUCCACUAGGAACUGAACUUCCAUAAAAGCCACAGGAGUUUGGGAGUCUGUGAUCAGAGGCUCAUCAUGAUGGGCUCGGUCCUUGGCGUAUGUUCCUGCACAGUGAGUACGUUCUAUGCCGUCCCUGGUUGACCAUGUGGCAUUUGUCAGACUGUAUUUAAAAUGUAUCUGGAAUUACACAGCUCUCCCAAGGCUGAGGUAGCAGCUGUAUGUGGAAAACUGGGAGCUAAAUCCUUGAAGUCAGGACUAAAACCCUUUGAGACGGAAAAGUGUUGCUUAUUUGCAUAUACUACUGGAACACUCCACCAGGUGCGGUUGGUGUGGCAUACCUAGGAGGGGGCCUGUCUGUGUCUGUAGCCUCUCUCCAGGACUUAGAGAGUGUGCAUGACUGGUAACGCACACUGUUCCUUGUGGGUGUGCUAGGUCAAGGUGGCCAGUGAGCCACUUGACCCAUGUGGCCUUUCUCUUCACCCCCUGGAAGAUCCGACCGCUGCAGCACUGCUUCACUGGGCCUGUGUGUGUCUGCUACCUGUGCUUGCAUAGUUUCCCAGUAAAAUGGAAAGUCAUUCCAAUGAGCUAAACCCGGUGGGGUCAAGCUUUCUGGAUUGCUUUGUGUUUUAAGUGAUUUUUUUACCAAAACCAUUUAAAGACAUAAACCUGUUUUCUAUUCAGGAAUGAAUUGGGACAAAUUGGGUCAAAGAUAAAGUUUAUGAUGAGAAAAAAAAAUAUCUGUCUCCCUCUAAGGCCCCUAAAGGGCUCCAAGUUCUAGAAAUCUAGUAUCCCCUAAGGAGGCAGCAACAGGUCGGGGUAAUUUAGCUAAAAUAUAUGUACCUAUUGUUACUGCUAUUUCAUGCAUAAAUGUAGUUUGUCUUAAAAACCUUGACAGAAAUGCUUGACACUCCAAUCAACUCAUCAUUCCCUUUGGUAGAUUAAAAUAUGUACACUUGGGCCACUCACAGGGUGUUGCCCCUCCCAAAACACACACACACACACCUGCUUGAUGAAGGGAAAUCUUCAUAUAUGGUGCUUUCUCAGUGCUUGGGAAAAAGGAGCUUUUGCUGGGUUCCGACUAUAACUCAUGUUUUGUUUCAAAAAGUCUACAAAACAGAUUCUUUACACGGAUUUGUAGGUUUGCACACAUGAUUUUCAUGAAGAAUUGAGAAAAAUGCAUUUCAUGAACAUUCUAGACAAAGAAGGAUUUCAAAACCUGUCAGAACAUCUAGCUGGUAGACAAACUGAACUUAACAGCUGUGGUUCUCUUCUACUUCCUGCUAUUAUUUUUCAUUUCCAUUUUUAAAGCAGUCUCCUCUCAUUGAGUGACAGGACAAAGAAUAGGAAGUGAGACUCAAAUUUCACCAUUUACCUGCCAUCAGCACUAUUGUUGGUGGAGUUUCAACUAGUCAUUAUUUGCUGAAAUGACGUUGGGGGGCUGGGGUGGUUUACCUGUGUAUUUUCAUUCACCUGUGUUCAUACUUUCCUCCAUAGUGGACAACUGAGAGUUGGCUGUGGUUUUUUUUUUUUUUGGCCAUAUUUCCAUAUUCAUGUAUGGGGCUAGGGAUUGCUUAGGUUCAUGAAUGCUGUUCUUACAGACACAGAUGGUACGUGAGCCACACAGGCACCCAGCCUUUCAGGGACGUGAGCAUGACAUCCAUCCGUCUAGUGGUUCCAUGCUCCUCAUGCCAGUGAAAUUUGGGGAUUGUUUGCCGUAUCAGUAGGAUGUUUCUCCAUGCAUUGUUUCAUCAUCCCUAGGAUGUGUGCUAAAUGAAAACUUCCUGUAAUUCCUGUUAAUAUAUUGUUGAUGUCAGAUGUGAUGUGAUACCGUUGGACUGUCCAAAUGUACAACUAUUUAAUGGUGUUUGUGGAACUGAAGUGUCUUAAAUGUUGCAUGAAAUAUGUUAUAAAAAUAGAUUUGUUUUCUAUUUUUCAACACCUCAUAAUUGAGGGUUCAUGGGCCAAUAAGUGCAAUAUUUAAUGACUUACUCAGUGUAUAUAAACUAGCGUGAAAGAGUGAAUUAUAAUGAAUGUGUGAGAUGCUUUGAUGGCUGUGUAACUUAUUCCAAUUAUUUCUUGUAGCUGUAUUUGUCUAGUGGUGCAAUUUAUACGGUAAAUACCUUAUUGGUGUCAUGUGAAACUCCUCUGUGCCUAUUUCAAAAUAAUUCUUUUCCUAUAAAACCAAACACUUGGUAUCUGCAAAUAUAUGUCAAUUUUGCGCUUUAGAAUUGUGGAUUUUAUUUUUAAGACAGGAUGGAUGUUCAUUUAUUUUAUAUAGGCAUUCCCUUCUUAAAUUCAGAAUUCUCUUAUAAGAGGCUAAUUUAGAUACCUAAGAAAUAAUAUGCACAUAAGGUAAAAUCAUAUUUAUUCUUCUCAGAAAUGUUGAUCACAUGUUCUAUGUCCUAAGAAUUCUUCUUGCAUUUGUGUGUAUAUUUUGUUGUUCAGCCUUGUAUUUUGUUUGCACAUUUAACAUUGUCAACCCUGGGAAUUCUAAAGUACCGACAUCUUUUUAGGUUGUGGUGACUGUUAUAUUCACUUUCAAUUCUCAAUUGUCCACACUGAUGAUAUAGGAAAAGCAAAACUCAAAAUUCUCAAGUUGCUUUGGUAUUUCAACAGAAACCCAUAUAUUCAUCCUCAAACCCCCUUGGUUAAUCUUACAAUUUGGUGGCCUAGGACUUCAAUGUGAUGCAAAAUUUAAAAAUUAAAAACAUAAGUAGGCCUGGUUGCUCGAUUACCAAAAACUCUUGAGAGUUUGUUUAUAUGAAAUUUAAAGUAGGUCACCUACCUGAAAUUCCUAUUUGCCAUUUUAACUUUUAAGGCAAAACGCUCAUUUUAAUACUAUGCUUUGCCUUUUCAUUUAGCAGAGUAACUCAGAAUACUGUUAGAAAGAAAAGGUAGGACUUGAUCACUAAAAAUGAUGAAAACAGUUGGUUUUAGAUAACUUUGACCAUCUGUACAUCAUAUGAAGCCUUACGUUCUUUCUCCAGCAAUUGCCUGAAAUUGCCAUGUGAGGAUGUGCCAAUCAUAUUAAGUGGCUUUGGACUGCCACCAGUGGCCCUAUUUUAAAUAGGAUAGCAUGAAAUUCGUACUCAGCUCUCAAACCAACUAAAAAAGUCAAGCGAAUGUGGGAACAGCAGGGAGAGGAGGGACGACUUUGUGCCAAAUUUUAAAAAAGAUAAAUUAUUCUAAUGUUGGCUACAUGUUAACGUUUAAGAGCAUGUUUAAAUGUUGAGUUAGUCAGCAUUGUUAUUGAAUCCCAUGUGCUCAGUGCUGUGGGAAUCAAACAGGGAAGAGGGAUAGUUCCUACCCCUAAUAAACCUACUGGAGAACCAAGAGGAAAACCAAUACCUGGAUGUUAUGUACAUGCUAAAUUAAGGCUGGAUAGAGGAGCCUAGAGACUGAGGGACCUCUAACACCUGGAAGACUCAAGAAUGUGCCAGCAAGACUGUUUGCCAGACGAUAAAUAGGAAAGGUCCCAUUAUGUUCCCCUAUGAGUGAAAAGGUGACAGAGGAGGCAGCUAAAGAUGCUUGCUUUCUCUAGAAAGCCCAACUGGUCGUGUAAAACCCACCCCAUUACCCAUUGGGCUCUCUUGCUUUUGUCCCCAUGAAGAAGACAAGCUAGAGCAUCGACAUACUCCUCUGUGCGGAGCAGCCCCAGACUGCACAACAAAAUACAAACUGCUUUAAAGUCACAUUAGAACGGUUGAUUUAGACAUUUUGCCCAAGCACCAAACCACGAAACAUCCUGUGAUCCAAUGUCAAUGAAACAGAUGUGUGCGCAGAGAUUUUCCUGUAGUUCCAUGUUUCCCAUCAAGGGUGUUGGGCAACGCGCAGAUGAAGACCUUCCUUUGUAACCGGGCACUUUCUGGCUUCUCAGUGACUAUACUGUGGAGCUCUUCUUCAGAACAUAUUGAGUAACAGCUUAGUGCUUUCAUAUAGUGAUUGUGACAUUUAGUUGAAAACUAACAGCUGCACAGCAAAUAUCGUGACUCUUUCUGUGUCCACAGGAGCUCUUGUCUGGGUUUAAAGCUACAAAGUAUUCACAUUGUGAAGUUUUAAUUAUCUUUAUUGAAAUUAAUUGUGUAAAAACCUGUAUGUGCUCUAUUAGGUAUUAAGUUUGUAUGUGAAUUCUGUAUGGAAUGUGGUUUUUGUUCUUUGGGUUUAUCUGGUUUUAUUUUUUGGAGAUUACAAUAAAUAUCUAAGAGACUAUAUUCCUGAA